ACACUAGCUGGAGGGUGACCAACCAUUCUUUCAUCGCACCUCUACGAAAUUCAUCCUGCCACACCAUAAUCGAUCCAUCGACUGAUUCUGAUUCAAGAAAGUAGACUGAUUAUAGCCUGGGAUUGAGGGAGAUGGGAGGGGUUGUCGAGCAGAUCGUGGUGAGCGCCCUAACGGGGGCGAUGAGCCCUCUUCUCAGAAAACUCACCAACCUCAUAGAGAAGAAGUACAUGGAGGUCAAGGGCGUGAGGAAGAAGCUGGAACAGCUCACGAAGGAGCUAAUGACCAUCGGCAUCGCGCUGGAGAAGUACGCGGCCAUGGACAGUCCAGACGUGCAGGUGAAGGCCUGGAUGGCGGAGAUGCGCGAGUUGGCCUACGACAUGGAGGAUAGCAUAGAUCUCUUCACCUACCGUAUCGACCAUGAGCCAGCUGACACAACCAAUGGAGUCAAGAGGGUUCUCCACAAGACCCUCCGCAAGGUGAAGAAGUUUCAUCAUCGCCACAAGUUUGCUAAGGAAAUCGAGGAACUUCAUGUUCUUGUAAAUGAAGCGUACGAACGGCAAAAGAGGUAUAGGAUUGAAGAGGGCACUUCUAGCAAAUUGUGUAGGGAGAUUGAUCCUCGGCUACCUGCCCUUUAUGUGGAGAAGGAAAAACUCGUGGGCAUCCAGGGUCCAAUGAAGGAAAUCAUCAAUUGGUUUGGUAGUGAGGAAGUGGAGCCAAUAGGGCAGCGUAAGAUUGUCUCUAUUGUUGGACAAGGAGGUUUAGGAAAGACUACUCUCGCUAACCAGGUGUAUCAGAAAAUUAAAGGUCAAUUCUCUUUUUCAGCUUUUGUGUCUGUAUCGCAAAAGCCCAACAUGGAUAACCUUCUAAGGGAGUUGCUUUCUCAAAUUAAGAGCAAUGAACCAACGGAAUCAUAUAGUGAUCAACAACUUAUCGACAAACUAAGAACAUGUCUGAAAGAUGAACGGUACCUUAUUGUGAUUGAUGACAUUUGGAAAAGGUCAGCAUGGAAAACAAUACAAUGUGCUUUUCCUAUAAACAAGCACGCAAGUAGAAUAAUCACAACAACGCGGAUCAAAAGUGUAGCUCAAUCUUGCUGCGGCGCUUCAGAUGAGGGCUUUGUCUACCAGAUGAAACCUCUUAACAAAAGUGACUCUGAAAAUUUAUUUCUCACAAGGACUUUUGGUGCUGAAAAAAAAUGCCCCAGUCAGCUGGAAGGGAUUAUCAGUGAUAUACUUUAUAAAUGUGAUGGUUUGCCUUUAGCCAUUAUUACUAUAGCUAGCUUGUUAGCUGAUAAACCAAGAACAAGGGAAGAAUGGGAGAGAGUUCUGAAUUAUAUUGUUUCUACUAGUGAGAAGGAUAAUGACCUGGAGGUAAUGAACAAGAUACUGUUUAUGAGUUACAAUGAUCUACCACAUCAUAUGAAAAGUUGUUUACUGCACCUCGGUACGUUUCCUGAGGAUCACAAGAUUGGUAAGGAUGUGCUGGUAUGGAGAUGGAUAGCUGAAGGAUUCAUAACAAAAAAACAAGGCUUUACUUUGCAGGAAGUUGCAGAGAGUUAUUUCUACGAGCUGAUAAAUAGGAGCUUGGUCCAACACAUACAGAUCAUGCCAAAUGGAGAAGAUGGAUGUCGAGUCCAUGAUAUAGUUUUGAACUUCAUCAUCCAUCAGUCAACUGAAGAAAAUUUUUUAACCAAGUUGGAUUGUCAGGAUCACCCAUCUUCACGUAAACGGAUUCGCCGGCUUUUAGUUGGGAACAAAGAAGAAUAUACAAGGGCAAAAUCACAAGGAACCAUGAAUUCGUCUAACCUUCGUUCAAUUAACAUAUACCAUGUUGAUGGCCAUAUGAUGUCUCCUCUUUUAAACCUACCUACUCUUCGAGUGUUGAAUCUAGAGCGUUGUGAUCUCAGGAAUAGUUAUCUUGAUUGCAUUGUAGGUUUAUUUCACCUAAGAUACUUGGGGCUCCGUUGGUCAAGAAUUGACUGCCUACCUGUCCAAAUUGGGAAGCUAGAGUAUCUGCAAACACUCGAUUUACGCCAUACUUCAUUAUUAGUGAUGCCUGAAAGUAUUGUUCAGCUCAAACGGUUGAUGCGUCUUGUUGGACAUCAUCUCAUAUUACCGGAUGGGUUCGGUAACAUGGAAUCUCUUCAAGAAUUAGGGUUUUUAGGUUGUUGUAGAAGCUCCACAAAUUUAUUAAAAUUUCAGAAAGAUCUACAACUUUUGAGAAAUUUGAGGGUGCUCAAAGUAAGGUUCUUGUCUGAAGGGGAAACAGGAAAAGAAGCAAUGAUACCAUCCCUUUGCAAGCUUGGAGGAAACAACCUCCGGGAAGUCUAUAUUACCAGCUGCAAUGGAAGUGGAGAUUGUUUCGCAGAUUCUUGGUGUCCUUCGCCGUGUUUCCUGGAAAAGUUUGUUUACAAGAGUAGUUGCAAUAUACAUUACUUUUCCAGGUUUCCGAAGUGGAUUCAUCCCACACUCUCUAGAUGUCUCACCUACUUGGAUAUCGACGUUAAACAAAUGGAACGAGAACAUGUACGUAUUCUUGAAGAUUUGCCUGCUCUUAUUGUCCUACACCUAGACAUAGGGGAAGCUCUCGUGUAUGGAAUCAGGAUCAGCCAUGGUGCAUUCCAAUGUUUGGCACGCCUACGUUUCUGCAACAGAUCUGGACCUGGUUUGGUAUUCAAAGGAGGCAUGCCAAAGCUCGAAUGGCUUAGCGUUGAAUUCGGUGCAGAGAGGGCACAAUCAACAUAUGGCAGUUUAGAGGUUGGCAUCCGGCACAUCACAUCUCUCAAACAUAUCGACUUUUCUAUCCUGGUGCUCACUGACGAUAUGGAGUGGAAAAUCAAAUCAUCUAUAAAUAGCCAAGUCAAGAUGCUUCCACAACGUCCUGAGGUCAAUAUCAAAACAGUACUCCUUCCAUCUAUAAAAUAA